AUGAAGCUUUCACUUGCUUCAUUCCUCGUUGCGGCCGUUGCCCUCCAACCAGCGCUCUCCGUACGGACGAACUCGUUGCUGAUUGACCCUGCUGCUCUUCCCGCACUUCCUUCUGCUCAACAAGCAGCUAGUGCAUCUGCUGAUGUAGGGCUGAACCUUACUAACAUCCAAGGUGAUAUCCUCAUUGGGAUGAAGAAGAACAAAGAGCUCUUCUUCUUCUUCACCAUCGUCAAUCCCACGUUGUUCAGAUCCCAGCUUGGAUCGGGUAUCCUCCCUCUCAUCACCCCAACCAGCCAACUGCUCGCUGUAGAUACACAGCCUACGACUGCUGUCAACAUUGCAUUCUCCCAACGGGGUCUCAACGCCCUAGGCAUUACAGAUGAUCUCGGUGAUACUGCGUUUACUAAUGGGCAAAUCGACAACGUCGCGACGAUACUUGGAGACGAGACCAGCAAUUGGGAACCAGCGUUUGCUGGGACUGGUAUCCACGGCGUCUUUUUGCUUGCAUCAGAUACUAUCGACAAUGUGAACGCUACGCUGUCGCAAGUCCAGAACAUCUUGAAUGGUUCGAUUACGGAGGCUUACAGUCUCCAAGGUCAGGCUAGACCGGGAGAUGAACAAGGCCAUGAACAUUUCGGAUUCAUGGACGGGAUAAGUAAUCCAGCAGUCACUGGAUUUUCCACCCCAUUACCAGGUCAACAGGUCCUUGAUCCAGGACUCUUCCUUCUUGGUGAAUCAGGCGAUCUAGUAUCCCGCCCUUCGUGGGCCAAAGAUGGCUCGUUCCUGGCCUUCCGUCAGUUACAGCAACGUGUACCAGAGUUCAACGCGUUCUUGGUUGAUAAUGCACUUUCGAAUCCGAACUUGACGGCUGACCAAAAUGCUGAACUGUUGGGCGCGAGGAUGAUGGGCCGAUGGAAGAGUGGAGCCCCAGUCGACCUAGCUCCCACCGUGGACGAUCCUGUACUGGCGGCUGAUCCACAACAAAACAACAACUUCAAUUACACGCACCCUGGAUUCGACGAGGCUACUGACCAGACACAUUGUCCAUUCUCAGCUCAUGUCCGCAAGACGAAUCCUCGGUCCGAUCUCAAUCCUGAAGAUACCGCGAACCAUAUCAUUCGUGCAGGGAUCCCGUACGGGCCUGAGGUUACCGACGCUGAGAACGCCUCGAACGUUUCUAAUACAGAUCCUAGCCUUGAACGUGGCUUAGCUUUUGUCGCCUACCAAUCCGAUAUCAACAAUGGUUUCGCCUUCCUCCAACAGAACUGGGCGAAUAACGCAAAUACGCGAAAUUUGAAGCUCACUUGGAAUUUUUCCCCCCUUUUCAUGCAGGGAAUCGACCCAAUCAUUGGAACUGGUGGGUUGGGCCAAGCUGACGUUCCACGGACCCCUUCUGGAUUAGACCCUUCUGACCCGACGAGGAUCAUCACUAUUAAUCAGGAUUUCGUCGUCUCCCGCGGCGGUGAAUAUUUCUUCUCCCCGUCUCUUUCUGCAAUCCAGAAUACGCUUUCGCUUGGGGCAUAG